ACUCGAAUCCCCACAGUGUCUGUGACUCCCGCUUGUCAUUACAGAGCCCAGUGCACACUGCAGGAUCCAGAGCUGCUCUCAGGGGCACUGAUAGAUGUGGCCAAACACCUGGGCAACCUGAAGUUCAGAGUCUGGGAGAAGAUGCUGGAGACGGUGCAGUACACCCCUGUGAUUCUGGAUCCCAACACUAUGUCCCCCUGGAUCUGUCUGUCAGAUGAUCUGACUUGUGUGAGGCUCACUGAAGUUGAACAACAGAUUCCUGAAAACCCUGAGAGGUUUUCCCGUGCCGUAAGGAUAUUGGGCUUCGAGGGUUUUACUUCAGGGAAACACAGCUGGGAGGUGGAGGUGGGGAAGAAAUCUGCCUGGACUAUAGGAGUGGUGCAAGAGUCAAUCAACAGAAAGGAGGCCAUUUCAUGCAACCCAGGGAGUGGAUUCUGGGUCCUAGCGCUGAGGAACGGUGAUGAUUACUUUGCAGCUGGAGUUGCUGCCCUUAAACUGAAGAGGAAGCCCCAGAGGAUCAGAGUGGAGCUGGACUAUGACAGGGGGGAGGUGUCCUUCUUUGACCCCAGUGACAUGUCACACAUUUACACUUUUAAAGGCACAUUCACCGAAAAAAUCUUCCCAUAUCUCAAUCCCCGCCAAAAUGAUGAUGGCAGAAAUGCUGGGGCCCUGCAGAUCUGUCCAUUGUCUGUAAGAGUGAUGAAAAUGGAGCAUCGCGUAGUUCUGGCAGGUCACGAGAGUCAAGCGCUCCGGCCGAAUCAGCUGAUGGCUCAGCUCAGUGAUGUUCGCCUAUCACAGUACAUUCACUAACAGGGCGGUCUACUUAAACAGCCUCCCUCUACUCAUUCGGCUGCUCCUCCUGCAUGCAAGCGCUGCACGUUGCUUCGUAAAUCCCCUCCACCACCCCAGCUCCAUCCCCAUGCGUCAAGAAUUUGCAUUCUCCAUUCCUAUGUGUUAAGAAGUUGUAUUGCUCCAUCCUUAUGUGUUAAGAAAUUGCAUUUGCUCCAUUCAUAUGUGUUAAAAACUGCUUUGCUGCUGGAUCUGUUCUGUGUGUACCCCUCUAGGGGGGGUUUGGCUGCUGGCCUCCCGGCCUUAUCCACGCGGGCUGCGUGGUUGGCGGGAGAGCUCCAGAACAGAGCCAUACCGCCAAACAUAACUGUAUUGCCUUUAUUGUCAAUAAAGUUCUACUUGAUGACAGUG